AAUGGCUUGAAAUGCCUUUAAAAAGUAUUUAACCGCUUAAGAUAUUUAUUUUCACUCAGCGAAACAUUUGAGGAGAAAUUUUGAUAAACGAACGACRUAUGGACGUGACUGAAUUCAAGAGUAACAACUAAAAGGGUUUUCCAGACGGCACUUCGCUGAGCCGGUGUGGCCGAAAUGACGAUCCAUUCACCAGGAUAUGACUAUAAAUAGACUUGUGUUGAUGAUAAUGAUGAUGACAAUGAUGAUCAACUCGUGGUAUCAACCUGCACGAGGACACAUGACACUAACAGGUUCAGUUGUUYUUGAACAAAAAUGGGCUGAUUUCCAAGCACCAGAGGGAACCUCUCARUAUAAAGCAGUGACGUCGAACAUCGAAACGUCUAUUAUGAAUCAUUUUGAAGACGACCCGAUGUUUGAAAAUAUGACUGUUACUCAACUAAGGGARGACCACACAACCAAAAAGUCCGUACUUGAAGGUAACUUAGCAGCAGAAUUCAAAUUACAUCUGAGAAACCAUUCCGUGACAGGCCUGGGUAGAUUGCGUGACACAGUCAUGCUUGGACGUUUAGGAGAUAUUCCAGUAAAAAAGAACUCAUUGUAUUUGCAAGGUUUACCUGUCAGUCAAAUUCCCAUCAACUACAAUACAUGGCCAGGGGGCUCGUACGGCCUUCCCAAACCACUGGCUGGCUGCCCUGGUAACGGUUGGCAACAAGGAUAUCGUUACCAUGACACCGAGAACUUUCGCAAUCUAAAUUCAAAAUCGAACUCCAGCCAUUUGUCUGGUAAAGUUAACAGUCGUGGUAUAAGGCAAGAGUUUUGUAUGCACUUAGAUGAUCAAACCAAAAGUAAAGAAGUCCCUAGCCAUGGUAGAGAAACUGAGCCUACAAGACCAUGGCCUAUGGGAAAAUAUUGUAUAUAUAAAAAAGAUGACAAAUGUCCCGAGGGAUUACAGGAAGGGUGGGUUUACUGGGAUGACGAAAACACUUCCUUAGGCGACACAAAUUCAUAUGGUGGCGCAUUGCCUGAUGGGAUUUACAAUACGAAUACACUGAUAUAUUACUGCUGUGACAGUAGAGGAGACACGUCCAUCUCCAUGUUAUUGCCUUUUGGGCAACCGUUUUUUCUYAUUGCAUUCCAAUCCAAAGAAUGUCAGAAAGUCCAUGGUUUUGAGGCAUCUAUUGAGUACCUGUUCUUUGAUGAUGAAGAUCGAACCAAUCACAACAAACACAGUUCGGUAGCACCUUAUGGAGUAAAAGAAGACUUGUAUAAUACAAGGAUUUACUACUGUUACUACGAGCCAGUGCCCUGUAAUUCUGAAGACGUAACAGAUCCAGCAUGCUUUGCGCACUUUUUGGCAUCCAACUCCGAUGACGUAACGACCUUGAUGAUGACAGAUGAAGAACGCAUGUCUCGUCGUCACAGAGCAUUUAUCGUUGGUAGUGCCGUUGGGUUUUUUAUAAUGGGAUGGGCUUUUCUUACCGUCACUCUCAAGAGACUUGUUACUAAACGAUCGUACACGUAUUAUGAAGUAGUUGGAAAUGACAUUCUUAGCUGUAGCUCUAGCUCUUAAGAAGGUAUCAAUAGUAUUACAUAACAGGGAUACGGGGAUAGAGAAAGGAUAUGGCGACCUUCUUUUUGUUAAGUAUUUUUUAUUAUUCCUACUACAUUAUCUUAUAAAGUAAAGCGAUAUCAACUCUAUCACAAUAGAGCUUUUUAUUGUGAUGUCAGUCUAAUGAAAAACCGACUUCCGGGUUCAAAUCGAGGAAAAAGUUCUAUAACUGAGAUUUUUGUUAUUAUCUCUUAAUAAUAGGAUUUGUUAUCCAAAGUUCAAAUUGUUACAGGUGCGAUAACAGGUUCAUGUUAAAUCAUUGAGAACAUAAUUUUCCCGUUUUAUUUAGCAGUUUUUGUGAGUAGUUGAACCCGGAAAUACGUCACAACUUGAAAACGCUAUUAAGAACUUCUAUGUUGAUAAGAAAGUGAUCUAACACCGACCUAAUGUGCUGUCAUUCAGAAAAAAAUUCAUUCAAAACAGUUGAUGAACAUUUCCAACGAGACAGGUAAAGACWUCAAGUGAACCCCAUCAUUCGUUCAUCAUUAUCCUCCGUAUGCCUGUGGCACGUUGGGCCGACACAAAGACUUAAUGUUAAAUGAAUUCUUUGUUAAGUGUAAACUGUUAAUAUAUGAAAUAGAUAAAUAUUUUAUUCUAGUGUGUUGUGUUAUGCCACCUUGUACAAGUAAGGUCACGUGUAGUAGGGUUUAUUAUAUCUCACAAAUAAUCUUUCAAUCCCACGUGGCAAUCCAUUAUUUUGCGAUAUUGGGCAGCAACCUAUUGGACUGCAAAUAAAAUAAUUGUUUUGGAAC